AUGGCGAUGAAAUCUGUCAAAGAACUGAAGCGCAGCAGCAGCUUUGAAUAUCUGCCACCUCACAUGUCUGAGCUGAGGGUUGUUCUGCUGGGGAACAACUGGUCUGAGAAGAAUUCAGUUGGGAACUUCAUACUGGGAGAAACUGUGUUCAGAGAACCGCCUAAAUGCUGUCAGAGAAUCAGAAAACCACUGGAAGGGGAGAAGAAAAUAGUUGUCAUCAACACUCCAGAUCUGAUGUUUCCCAGCAUUUCUUCUAAAGAAGAGUUUUCAAAAGAAUGUGCAAAACAGUCAGCUCCUGGACCUCAUGUGUUCCUGCUGGUUCUACAGUCUGAAAACUUCACUGAGCAACACAAACUGAGACUCUGUACAGUUCUUGGAGAGUAUAGUGAUCAAUCAUUUGAUCAUUCACUGAUACUGAUAUUACCACCCAGAGAAGGAGGUUUUAAAUUCCUGAAGAAAUAUGAGCAACAGCCACCCUUAAAAGAGAUGAUCAGAAAGUGCAGAUACAGAUACUUGAAGCAGAAGGAUCUUGAACGUCCAGAGCUGUUAACACGUUUGGGUCAAAUUGCCAAAGAAAACAAUGGAGAACAUCUGAGCUAUGACGUGUUUGAAAACACAACAGCUACUUUAGCAAGUGAUCAUCAGAGCCAGAAGAAAAGACCAACUCUUAUCUUCGAUGUUCUUAAAGCUGCUGGUAAGUUCAUCAAACCAUCUUUAAACCUGGUUCUAUGUGGGAGGAGAGGAGCAGGGAAGACUUCAGCAGCCAAGGCCAUUUUAGGUCAGACAGAGCUUCAUUCAGUCUCCAGCUCAUCAGAGUGUGUUAAACAUCAGGGAGAUGUGUGUGGACGUUGGGUUUCUCUGGUGGAGCUGCCUGCCUUGUAUGGAAAACCUCAGGCGGCAGUGAUGGAGGAAUCAUUCAACUGUAUCUCCCUCUGUGAUCCAGAGGGUGUCCAUGCCUUCAUCCUGGUCCUACCUGUGGGUCCCCUCACUGAUGAAGACAAGGGAGAGUUAAAGACCAUCCAGAACAUGUUCAGCUCUCGAGUCGAUGCCUUCACCAUGAUUCUGUUCACUGUGGAGUCAGAUCCUACAGCUCCAGCUGUUGUUGACUUUAUAAAGAAGAACAGAGAGAUCCAGGAACUCUGUCAGAGCUGUGGAGGAAGAUAUGUUGUUCUCAACAUCAAGACCAAGCAGCAGAUCUCUGAGAUGUUGGAUACUGUGGAGAAGAUGAGUCAGUCUGAAAAUAAACCAUGUUGCUAUACAACGGAGACCUUUGCACGUGCCCAGAAGGAUAAACUCAUACAACAACAAACUGAACUUGAGAAGCUGAAAAAGGAGAACAAGAUCACUUGUGAUGAUGAGGAACAGAGCUCAGAGUGUCUCAGGAUUGUUCUUCUCGGGAAGUCUGGCAGUGGAAAGAGCUCUACAGGAAACACCAUUCUGGGAAGAGAAGAGUUUAAAGCUGAAUCAAGUCAAAGAUCAGUCACCAAACAGUGUCAGAAAGCACAGAGUGAAGUGGACGGUCGUCGUGUCGUCAUGGUCGACACUCCUGGUCUGUUUGACGACACUUUGUCCCAUGAAGAGGUUAAUGAGGAGAUGGUGAAAUGCAUCAGUCUUCUGGCUCCAGGACCACAUGUCUUCCUGUUGGUGUUACAGAUUGGUCGACUCACACCAGAAGAGAAGGAGACCGUAAAACUCAUCAAGGAAGUGUUUGGAAAGGAUUCAGAAAAAUUCAUCAUCAUUCUUUUAACAGGAGGAGACAAACUGCAGCGUAGCAAGCAGUCCAUUGAAGAAUACAUAGAGAAGAAAUGUGAUGAUUCACUUAAGAAGCUGAUUGCCGACUGUGGAGGAAGAUGCCAUGUGUUUAAUAACUAUGAUGAACAAAACCGCACACAAGUCAGUGAGCUGAUAAACAAGAUUGACUCCAUGGUGAAGAAAAAUGGCGGCAGCUGCUUCACCAAUAAGAUGCUGCAAGAGGCAGAGGCAGCAAUAAAGAAGGAAAUGGAGAAGAUCCUGAAAGAGAAGGAAGCAAAAGAAAAAACAUUGCAAGAAGAAAUGGAACGAAAAGAAGAACAGCAAAAAGAAGAAAUGGAAACAAUGAAAAGAAGAAUAGAAAAACAGAGAGCAGAGAUUGAACAGGAGAGAGAAUUGAGAGAGAAACAACUUCAGGAAAAGGAGGAAAAGAUUCAGAAAGAACGAGAAGAGAGAAAGAAAGAACAGGAAGAGAGAGAAGAAGAAGACAAGAAGAGGAGAGAACAGGAAGAAAUUCAGCGACAGAGGUGGGAACAGAAACUUGCAGCUUUGGAGAAAAACAUAAAAUCAGAAUCAGAAGAAAAAGAAAUGAUUAAUAAAAAGCUGAUGGAGAACAGAGAAGAGGUGAGAAAAGAACGAGAGGACUGGGAGAAGAAACAAAAAGAAAUGUGGGAGAAAAGAAAUCAAGAAGAUGAACAGAGACGAGAGGAGGAACAAAGAAGAAUAGAAAAGCUCCAAGAAGAAUACGAUCAGGAAAGAGAAGAAUAUGAAAAGAGAAGGAAAGAAGAAGAUGGAAUAAGAACAGAAAAAGAGGAAAAGGACAGAAAAGAUUUAGAGGAAAACUAUAAGAAACAACUGGAGGAAAGAAAGAAGACACAUGAAGAAGAAGUGAGAAAACAAACUGAAGAAUUAAAUGAGUUCAGAGAAAAAUCCAACAAAGAAAUUUCAGCUCUGAAAGAAAAACAUGAAGAAGAAGUGGAAGCUUUGAGGAAACAACAUGAGACACAAAUGUGUGAAAGAGAAGAAAAACACAAAGACUCAGAAAAUCUCUAUAAUCUUAAAGAAAAAGAACUAAAAGAAGAAAUGGAGCAAAAAGAAAAACAAUUAAAAGAUGAAAUAAAGGCAAAAGAAAAAACAUUGCAAGAAGAAAUGGAACGAAAAGAUGAACAACAAAAAGAAGAAAUGGAGACAAUGAAAAGAAUAAUAGAAGAACAGAGAGCAGAGAUUGAACAGGAGAGAGAACUGAGAGAGAAACAACUUCAGGAAAAGGAGGAAAAGAUUCAGAAAGAACGAGAAGAGAGAAAGAAAGAACAGGAAAAGAGAGAAGAAGAAGACAAGAAGAGGAGAGAACAGGAAGAGAUUCAGCGACAGCAGUGGGAACAGAAACUUACAGCUUUGGAGAAAAAGAUAAAAUCAGAA